AUCAAUUGAGCAAUUCUGCAGGAGAAAAUUAUCAACAGAAUGAUACCACGCCCAAAACCAGGAGAAUCAGAGGACGACUUAUUGAGAUUUCAGCAGGAAUUCCUUGCCAAGCAAGAGAAGAGUGCCGCCAGUCUUGUAAAGAAACCAGAUAAAAGAAAAACUUCGACUUCCCAAACAACUGCUUUUUGUGAAAAGGAUGUAGUCGAAAUCAAUGAACUUCCCUCCACUAAGCCGGAAUAUGAUCAUGGAGGUCCUCAGAUUCCUCACAAGAAAAGCAGGUUUUCAGCAUCAAGGGAUCAAACUGCAACUGCUGCUGCAGGAGAUGAUCCAGAGGCAAUUAUUGACAAGCAUGACAAACAUAUGGCAGCAGUUCUUACUAAAAUUGUGGAGAGGGAUACUAGGAACAUGCAGCCAUUCACCUCUGUGUUGGAGUGUUCCUCAGGAUUCCCUAAGGUCAUGCACAGAGGAAAUUUGGAACAGAAAAAGACAGAUGGUACCAAAAAACCCAGAAGUCUUUUUGCUCAACAAAUGUCCAAGAUUUCUCCCAGUGAACUAGGGCUAGUGGUGAAAGAGAAACCAACACAAACCCAUACAGCAGCAAGGACUACACAAACACAUGUUCAAUCUUCAAGCAAUAGUGGUCCCCACUUCAUCAAAGGAACUGGACUCAGUGCCACUUUUGGUGAAGAAGAGGCUCAGAAAAUUCAUCAGGAAAAUGUGAACAAAAUGGCCACCAUGUCAUCAGAGGAAAUUCUAGAAGAGAGGAAUAAGCUCCUACAAAUGCUGGAUCCAAAGCUGGUGAGUUUUCUGACAUCAAAGAAAAACAGACAGACCUCUGAGGGACAAACACACACUUCUGAUCAAGAUGAGAAAAUGGAAACAUCAGAAUCAAAACAAUCUGAGAAGAAACAGACACCUAAAGAGGGAGAAGAAUUAGACUUACCCAUCAAACCUGACAGGAAGUGGAUACACAUGAAUAAAGUGGAGUAUGAUAAAUUAUCAUGGUUGAAGGAUCUUCCUCCACCCUCCACUGAUCAUAAUAAGACAGGAACAACUGCUCGUUUUGAUUUUGAGGGAAACUUGGUGACAGUCGAUGAAGGCAUUGAUGUCAAGUAUGGCCUCCAUCACCAUGGAGAUGAACCAGAGAGGGCUGGUUACUCUUUGGAGGAGUUGUUCCUUUUAUGUAGAAGCACCAACAUACAGCAGAGGAUACUAUCACUCAAAACAUUAGGAAACAUCCUAGUUAAGACUAGAAAUGGUGACCUGGAGGAUCAAGUGAAUUCAGCCAUCUUGCCUACAGUCCUAAAUGCAGGAAUCCUUUUUCUGGUUCGCUGGGCUAUGGAUGACAGUGUAGAGGGAGUUGUCUGCAUGGCCGUCAAAACUCUGCACUCCAUUGUGGUAUCAGAAGCUGACGAGGAGUCUUUAGAUAGAGUGUUGCCAUGGUUUCAAGGACAUGUAUCUCCAUGUCUCAAGACCACCAAAAUGUCAGCUGAAAUGACCUCCAAUGACCCCACACCAGAAGAUGAAAAACCAUUAGAGACAGACGCUGAUGUGCUGAAACGAGAUGUUAUCUAUUGUCUGGUGAUGAGAAUGAACCUCCUCCCUUGUCUACACCACAUUCUGUUCCACUCCCACCCUCAGGCUCCCACCGUCCUUCAGGGUCUGGAGAUUCUGAUAAGAAUUGUUAGGCACUCACCGCAGAUGGCUUACGAGGUGGAAAGAUGCCACGGAUUAUUAGAGCUUAUUGUUGAAGAAUUCCUGCCCACCAGUUGGAGAUUGUUAGAUGUGAAGGCCCCCUUGUCAGACCUCUAUGGUGUUCCUGUACCCAUGGCAAUGAAGCUUGUCAGAUGCUUAGCUCAGUCUGGAAGGAACUUGGCAGCUACACUGGUUGAUAAAUACCAUAUAAAGGCUAGGUUUUUAAGAUAUUUGGUGGAGAAAAAUGCAGAUGAUUUGCUGCUCCCCCAGAGUGAGGCUCUAAGGUUACAGAUAGAGAGCUACAGGACAUGGAGGGCGUGUCUUAGUUAUGGUCUGGCUGCAGAUCUCUUCACAGACAUUUUUCCUUGCAUACUGUCACAGUUAGAGGGUCUUCAAAGGGAUUACCUAGAGAGUCCCACUCUUAAGUGUACAAGAAUGACAGCAUUUAUUACAGUCCUAGAAUCAGUUGUAUUAUUGGCCGCCCAAUGUGAUCAGAGGAAAUUUGGAUCAAGUGCAAGCAAACUUCCAAGUGACUCAGAUCAAAAUUUAUUGCCUAGUGUCACAUGGAGCCAGAUCACUGAUGUUAGUCAGAUUGUCCUGGAUGUUUGUCACAAAUGCUUAAAAAACCUAGAAAAUACAUAUCAACAUAAGAAAUUCAACUUAGAUUAUGAGGUUUCAUGUCUGAAUUUCAUGGCAUCAUAUAUUUCAUCCUGGUCUUCACAUAAAAGUUUUGAUCCUGUGGCAGGACUUCAGUCUAUAGAGAAGAUAUUUACUGAUGUGUUAGAACCGCUCAUCAAAUCUCUGGGAUUCCAGGCCGUCAUCUCAAGUUUAUGUUCUUGCUCAAGCUUCCUGCACCCAGAACAUCAGUUAAAAAGGGAAUAUGCUGACAAUUUGCCAGGGCUUGGCUUGAGAAUAAAUGAUGGCCACUUAAUAGAACCCUGUCUACAGGAAUACUCACCUUUUGGUAUGGUGGGAGCAGUUCUGAGGGUGUUAUGUAUUACCAGUCAAGUUCACAAAGGUCUUCAAGCAAAGAUUGCUGACCUUAUUUCUUCUGAAGGACACUUAUUAACUUAUCAAAGGAAAAUGGCAAACUGUCCAAGAUCCACCUCCUCUUGUCAUUUCAACAAAUAUGAAGACUUAGUGAUGUAUUUCUUCAUAAAAUUAGUCACCAGUAAUCCUGCCAGUGAGAAGACAGCCCCUCUGGUACAAAAACUGAUGCUCAGGUUGAUGACACAACUUCAACAUGGAGAUGAGUUCUUAGUUCAUGACCUUUUAUCAACAGUAAUGUUCUCACCAAAUGUAUGGAAACAAGACAAAGAUGAGAUGACCAGUUCCCUGGAGAACCUGCAGUUGUCUGAUGCUGUACAUCUGUGUAGUGUCACCCAGGAACAGGUGACUGUCAAUCAAACGCAACUGGUGGCCGCCACUCUUUCUCAACUGGUUCCUAUCAGAGCCACGUACCUUCAAGCUUUGUCCAGCCACCAAAAGAUGGCUAUACAUUCUAGACACAGAUUCUUAAUGCAGGCAUUAGAAGUUCAGAAUCUGGUGUCCUCCACACCGGCGGAGACCCUGCUCCCAUUAGACUGGAUGUAUCUCCCCCUGAUAGAUCUCUACAACAGAUUUAGCUCAGUUGGAGCAGAUGUUCAGGACGCCCUGUCUAAGACCGAGGUAUCCAUGGUGACAUCUGUCCUGCGGUGGGUGUACCUCCUAGAGAAGUCUCAGCCCCAGGUCACGGAGUCUGUGUCCCCCACUCUCAGGGUCUCCAGGGUUAUGUGUACAUUCUUAACAGGUAACGACUUAUUUAUGGAUAAGACUGUAUACCUAUACCUAGCGGCCUUACUGAGGGAGUUCUCCACACCCCGCCUUUUGGGACAGUUGAACUUUGACGAGCAAAUUCCAGGGAUUGUGUCUUUUUAUGAUUUGUAUUCGGCCCUCCUGCAGCAGUUUGAGGCUGUGUCGUUCGGAGACUCUCUCUUCUCCUGCUAUAUCCUCCUCCCCAUUCAACAAAAACAUGACCUCCAGCUCAGAAAGGCAUUAUGGAUGGAGCAUUCUGGGAUACUGCGCUAUAUGCACAUUUCUUUGAAAGAGAUCCCAAUUCCUCUUGAUAAUUUUUUGAAUCCUGAAGAGUCGGACGUGGAGUUGAUCAGGUUGUAUUUCCAGAACUUGUUGUCAAGGCGACUGCAAUUUCAUUGGUCCCCUUUGCUGUAUUUAAUUGCCAUACACCAUGUGAACAGGUUCAUUUACAAUCAGGACAAGAAACACUCUCGACUGAAACAUGGAAUGAUUCUGCAAACCAUUAAAUCUCAUCAUAAGGAGUUGUGCCAGCAUUUAUUGCACUAUAAAAUGGUGGAUCUGGAAAAGGAUUCUGGAAUUGAACUAUACAGAGAACUUCCACAAAUCAGGAGAGGUCUUCUGGAACAAGUUAAGAGCGAGUCGACAGAGUCGUCUUCCUGAUGCACAGACAAUGUGAACAGUGCUUAAAAUAAAUCCUCCAUGAUUUCUGUUUUGUGUAAAAUACAUUUAUUGAAAUGACUUGUGCUGACU